AUGGCGGACCUACCUUUCCCUCCUCGUCACCCAUUUUACGACGGCAAAAUCCAGUCGGCGUCUUCCGGUCGGACUUUUCGCACAAUAAACCCUGCCGACAAUACUCCACUAGCUGAAAUCCAUGUUGCUUCAAAUUCUGAUACAGAUGCCGCCAUUGCAGCUGCUGACCGCGCGUUCCCCUCAUGGUCGCAAACCCCUCAUAUCGCUCGUGCGCGCAUUCUACAAAAGGCCGCGGCGUUGCUGCGGGAGAGAAAUGACGAACUCGCGCGUCUCGAAACUCUAGAUUCCGGCAAGGCCUAUUCGGAGACAAGCACAGUCGACAUCGUGACUGGUGCAGAUGUACUGGAAUACUACGCCAACCUGGUAGGAGGAGGCGGUCUCAAUGGCGAGACGACGCAGUUAAGAGAAGAUGCAUGGGUCUUCACCAAGAAGGCUCCGCUGGGAGUCUGCGUUGGCAUCGGCGCAUGGAACUAUCCUCUCCAGAUUGCUCUCUGGAAAUCAGCACCAUGUCUUGCGGCUGGAAAUACCAUGGUCUACAAGCCUAGUGAAUAUACGCCCUUGCAUGCGCAGAUGCUGGCUGAGGUCUACCGGGAAGCUGGACUUCCCCCUGGGGUAUUCAAUGUUGUCUAUGGCGCUGGGGAUGUGGGUGCUUAUUUGACCGCUCACCCCCUGAUCGCCAAGGUCAGCUUCACAGGCCAGGUUGCAACAGGAAUGAAGGUGGCCGGCUCCGCCGCGGGACAAAUGAAGUACGUCACGAUGGAGCUAGGAGGCAAGAGCCCAUUGCUCAUCCUCCCUGAUGCGGACCUUGAAAAUGCAGUAAAUGGGGCCAUGAUGGCCAAUUUCUUUAGUACAGGCCAGGUUUGUACUAAUGGGACUCGAGUGUUCGUCCCGAGAAGCAUGAAGUCUGCGUUUGAGAAGGCUCUUUUGGACAAGAUGCAAUAUAUACGUCCCGGGCCGUUGUUUGACAACGCAACGAACUUCGGACCCUUGAGUUCCGCUCUUCACCUCGAAAAGGUAACCUCGUACAUUCGUCAUGGCAUUGAGACGGACAAGGCAACGCUCCUCUAUGGCGGGCUGGGAAAGCCCUCCCUUCCAAAGGAAUUGGAGAAUGGGUUCUGGGUGAGGCCAACUGUCUUCACGGACUGCACCGACUCCAUGCGGAUUGCCCAGGAAGAGAUUUUUGGGCCGGUCAUGUCAAUCCUGUACUACGAUACAGUCGAGGAAGCUGUCAGACGCGCGAACAACACUGAGCUUGGCCUCGCGGCUGGCGUCUUUACGCGAGACCUGAAUAUGGCGCAUCGUAUCAUCGACCAGCUCCAAGCAGGCAUUACAUGGAUCAACUCCUGGGGUGAAAGCCCGGCCGAGAUGGCUGUGGGUGGCUGGAAGAAGAGUGGUGUUGGCGUCGAGAACGGCCGCAGAGGUAUCGAAGCCUGGGUGAGGAACAAGAGUACGCUGGUGGAUAUGAAUGGACAGGUUGCCACUGUCUUUGCGAAAUUGUAA